AACACGCUAUAUAUUUGGGAUCUAUAUCCCUGAAUUUUUUGCAAAAAUUUAGAUGCUCGGAUAAUCAUGGGUUUGGAUUUCGGAGGUUAUACUGUAGUACCAGUGAUAGUACUGGUUACCACAGACUACAUGGUUACUUUAAUUUCUUCGUUAACUAUAUAUACAAGAACAUUUUCAGUGAUUUUAAAUACCCAACCUUGAAACUAACGUAUGAUGUAAAACUGUCGUCAUGUUAAUUUCUCGAUUUACUCGCCAAAUCGCCAUCCAUUAUGUUAUUUUGGUCGUCUGGCGUUAAAAAUACAAGUAAUCGCGAGUGUCGUCGUCUAAAAAUAGAGGAUUUUUAGAGGACGGCGUAUUUUGCGAAUAUUCAUCAGUAAAUAAUGACAUCUGGUUGGUGUUUUGCGUUGUUGGUCGCCGUGUCGCAGUUGUUCGUUACGGCCCUGUUUGAAAGUGACAGUUGGUAUUAUUUUUAUAACCAAGAGACGUCGACUUUUUUAAGUUUGUUAACCUGACUAAACAGUUUUUGGGGGUUCUGGGCUCUGUCCAAAUAAUCAGAAACGUAUAUUUAAAUGUACUAUUUAAAAAUGUAACCUAAUUUACUCUAAUUCUACAAGAAAACAUGAUUUGGAGGUGAAGAAGUAUGACCAGUGGAUUUAGAAAAUGAGUUUCUUUCUUUGUUAUAAAUGUAAUACUAACCAGGAAAAGAUCGUAGAAUUAGACUAUUCUCGCUGCGGAAUUUCAGAAGUGCCUGUUGAUGUAUACAAUAAUUCGCCAACGUUGGAAGUAUUACAUCUGGAAGGGAAUAAACUUAAGGAUCUCUCACCCCAGUUAUUUCAAUGCAUCGAUUUGAGGUAUCUGAAUGUCAGUGAUAACGAAAUUCGCUCCAUACCGCCGCUAAUCUCCAAAUUGAACAGUCUGCAAGUUUUAAUUUUUAGUAAAAAUGCCCUAGUUUUGGAAGGAGUUUCACCAAAUAUUGAUAAAUUAAACAAGUUGACGAUAUUAGACCUGAGCAUGAAUGAUUUAGGAAAAGUCCCGGAAGCCAUUAUGAGUUUGAUUAAUUUGCAACAGCUGUGCUUGAAUGAUACAGGAAUUGAUUAUGUGCCUGCCAAUAUUGGACGCCUUUCUAAUUUACGCAUAUUAGAAUUAAGAGACAACGGUUUAAGAGAACUCCCUAAGUCCAUAAGACGGUUGACAAACUUGCAGAGAUUAGAUGUUAGUGAUAAUAACUUAUCACAACUGACUGAAGUGUGUGAAUCUCAUGGAAAUUUGACUGAAUUGUGGAUUAACGGGAAUAAUAUAACCAAAUUAUCGGCUUCUAUUACUCAUUUGAAAAAAAUUAACGAUUUUGAUGCUUCUUAUAAUAAUUUACAGACCAUACCAAAAGAAAUAGGUCAAUGGACCAAAAUAACAAACUUAAUUUUAAGCUUUAAUCAGAUAUCUGUGCUGCCAAAAUCUAUAGGAAAUUUACGAAAUUUACAAGUGUUAAAACUAGAGUCUAAUAAUUUAGAGGAACUGCCAAACACAAUAAGCAAACUCACCAAUCUGGAAGAACUCAACCUCCAGAAUAAUUUCAUCACCAAACUACCAUCAGGAAUCGGACAUUUGAGAAAAUUGGCCACGCUCAUUCUAUCAGACAACAAGUUAGAACAGUUACCACCAGAAAUUGGGAGUUGUUGCGCCCUCACCAUACUCAACGUGCACAACAACUACCUACACAAACUCCCUGAUGAAGUUGGCCACUUGCAAAAACUAACGACUCUCGGCCUUAUCGGCAACAAACUCGAGUACCUUCCGAUCACAGUAUCAAAACUGACCAAUCUAAAAGCACUGUGGCUCACCCCAAACCAAACUCAACCAUUGAUCCACUUACAAAACGAGCAACUAUCUGACGGCCAAGUCGUAUUAACCUCAGUUCUCUUUCCGCAAGUCCCCCUUCCCGAAGCCCCGCCCUCCGUGCACCUCCCCAUAAGCAACCAAACCUAUCACAUCAGCUUCAACAUGGAUAAUAUUCCCACUGAAGCGUCCCUAAGCCGCACCCCGACCCCCCACCAUAAGGAGUUGCGCCGCCUCCGGAACAUCCUCCGCGGGAGCGACCCCUCCGAAACCCAACCCCCGAACAUUUCUGAGAUAAAAGAAGCCAAAGUGACGCAUAUUUCAGGCGAUUUGUCUGUUUCUCAAUCUAGUUUGUUGGAUAAGAACGAAGAUCAAGUGGUGGAGGCGUUGGAGGUGUUGGAGCGAGCUACGCGGGAGGGCGUGGCCAUUUAUAAACCGGUCAAGGGAAAGGACUCGCCGUGCACAGAUGACACGCCCCCGAAACAGCCCCCGCCCUAUCACAUCGCGGCGGCAUACUCAAAAAACGCCCAUUUGUUCGCGCAGUUCUGCCCACCUAGCCCGCAUGACCAGCCCAAGCAAUUCAGUCAACAACAACCACCAAAUAUCCAUCAUCCGACGCCGAAAUUCGCUAAGAACAGGUCAGAACAAAUCGUGGACUACUACAAAGAUGGCGGAAAUGACCCAAAGAGGACGAAAUGGCCGUUCGGGACCCACCAGAUUUGUAAGGUGAUUGAGGUGGAACUGGUAGGGUAUAGGGUGCUGGGGGAUUUUCAGAUAGUGGCGAAAGGCGACGGGAUUUACGUGGAUCAAGUACAUCCAGCAGGCGUUGCGUACCAAAAACUGAUACCAGGAGACAAAAUUCUCAGUUUUGACGAUGUCGAUUUUACGGUUAUGGAUUCUCAUGCUGCUUACGAAAUUGCCUACCAGAAAAUCGGGCAGGUUAAAGUUGUAACAGUUUCACGAAAACAAGUAUCUUGACAGAAAGUAUUCUAUUUUUAGAUUAGUUAUGCAUGCCUAAAACUUCUCUAAUAUUAAAUUAAUUGAUUCUAUGAGGGAGUGAUUGAGUUGUCAUUCACGUGCAUUUAACAUUGGUUAGUGUUACCUCAUGUUUGUUUUUAUUAUUUAACCAGAGGCUGUGAAUUAGGUUAAGUUAAUGUUAAUAACUCAGAGUAUUUGUUAUUUAUUUAUACAUGACAUGUACGUAGCUAGCUCUCUGUCUAACUUUCUAUUUG